AUGGUAAUCCCUGACCUAUGGGGAACAUACACGAGGUCUGGGGUCUCUGGUAUCCCUGACCAAGGGGGAACAAAUCUGAGGGUCUGGGGUCUCUGGAGUAUCCCUGACCAGGGGGGACAGACACGGGGGUCUGGGGUCUCUGGGGACACCUGUCCCACCGUCUCCUCUCUCAGUCCGAAGAGUCAUAUCUGGGGCCCCAGGUCGAACAUGAUGCUGCCUUACUGCAGGGUAGAAGAGGUCUCUCCAGAUCAGAACACCUGCAAAAACACCAGGGCUGAGAGUGGAAACCUCAAACACCAGCAGAGAGUGGCAGGGAAGAAACCUCACCGCUGCUCUGACUGUGGAAAGAGUUUCACCUCUUCGUCAAAACUUAAAACACACCAGAGAAUACACACUGGAGAGAAACCAUACCACUGCUCAGACUGUGGGAAGAGUUUUGUUCAAUUAGGCAACCUGAAAAUUCAUCUGCGGAUACACACACAAGAGAAGCCUUACCACUGCUCUGUCUGUGAGAAGAGCUUUUCAACAUCACAGGGUAAUAAACUGCACCAGAGAACGCACACCGGAGAGAAGCCUUACCACUGCUCUGACUGUGGGAAGAGUUUUGCUCAUUCAAUAAAUCUGAUAAAGCACCAGCGCAUACACACAGGAGAGAAACCUUACAGCUGUGAUCAAUGUGGGAAGAGAUUUACUAGCUCAAAUGACCUGAUAGUACACCAUAGAAUACACACUGGAGAGAAACCAUACCACUGUUUGGACUGCGGGAAGAGUUUUACUCAGGCAAGCAACCUGAAAACACACCAGCGCAGACACCUGGGCCAGAAGCUUCACCACUGUUCAGAUUGUGGAAGUAAAUUUUCAACAUCAAGGGGUUUAGAGCUGCACCAGCGAACACACACAGGUAUGAAGCCUUACUACUGCUUCAGCUGUAGUAAAAGUUUUGCUAGAUUAGACGGACUGACAGUGCACCAGCGAACACACACAGGUGAGAAGCCUUUUAGCUGUGAUCAGUGUGGAAAGGGGUUUACUCAGGCAGCACACUUGACUGUACACCAGAGAACACACACUGGAGAGAAACCAUACCACUGCUCAGACUGUGGAAUAAGCUUUAUUAAUUCAAGUCACCUUAAGGUACAUCAGAGAGUACACACAGGAGAGAAGCCUUAUAACUGUGAUGUAUGUGGCAAAAGUUUUGUUACAUCAGGAAGUCUGGCUUCACACCUUCGAACCCACACAGGAGAGAAGCCUUACCAUUGUGCCGACUGUGGGAAAAGCUUUGCUGUGUCACGCGGUUUAAAGUUACACCGGAGAACACACACAGGAGAAAAGCCUUACCACUGUUCUGAAUGCGGGAUGGACUUAACCACUUCAGGUGGACUUAAAAUACACCGGAGAACACACACAGGAGAAAAACCAUUCCACUGCUCUGACUGUGGGAAAAGAUUUAAUCAGUCUGGGCAGUUGGUUUUACACCAGCGAAUACACACUGGCGAAAAGCCUUACCACUGCUCAGACUGUGGGCUGAGUUGUACUUCUUCAGGGUAUUUAAAAGUGCACCUGCGAACACACACUGCAGAGAAGCCUUUUGGCUGUGAUCAGUGUGGGAAGAGGUUCGCUAAGUCAGGAAGCCUGGCUGGACACAAGAGAACACACACUGGAGAGAAGCCUUUUGGCUGUGAUCAGUGUGGGAAGAGGUUCAGUCAGUCAGGAACCCUGGCUGGACACAAGAGGAAACACCACACUGGUGGGUAACCUUUCCAUUUCUUUUAUAGCUGAAACCAGUUAAUGGUAGACUAUCGGAGAGAAGCCGUGCAGGGGGAGCUUUCUUAAUGUGGCCAUGCUUGGUGUAACAAGGGAACUUUAAAUAACUGUCCAUUUAAUUACAACAUUUUUAAUUUAUUUAACUAGGCAAGUCAGUUAAGAACAAAUUCUUGUUUUCAAUGACAGCCUAGGAACAGUGUGUUAAACUGCCUGUUCAGGGGCAAUCUGUUCAACGACAGAUUUGUACCUUGUCAGCUCGGGGGUUUGAACUUACAACCUCCCGGCUACUAGUCCAACACUCUAACCACUAGGCUACCCUUCCAUCCCAAUAUGAGUGACAAAGUCUGUGUUUGAAUGGUGUGGGCGUAUACCGGUCAUUAAAAUGAUUCAUAACAAGUUAACAGUGGAUUUGUCAGCUCAGAGAAAUACACCGGAGAAAACACACACAGCUCAGGAGGUAGCUCCUCCCCCUCUCUGCAAGUUUCAGGCAAGUCUGUCCUUAGGGAUAAGGCAAGGGUCCGUUUGAAAAUGUUCAACCCUGUCCACCAUCCAACUCACCAUGGUCAACCCUGUCCACCAUCCAACUCACCAUGAUCAACCCUGUCCACCAUCCAACUCACCAUGAUCAACCCUGUCCACCAUCCAACUCACCAUGAUCAACCCUGUCCCCCAUCCAACUCACCAUGGUCAACCCUGUCCACCAUCCAACUCACCAUGGUCAACCCUGUCCACCAUCCAACUCACCAUGGUCAACCCUGUCCACCAU